GCCAAUUUUGCGUCAAAAACUGUUAAAUUUUCCAGUCACUUACUACAAAAUCCUGCGUACACUUGCUGAUUUGUACGUCUCCAUCACUUUAAACAGCAAUAAACAGUUUUUUCACGGACUUUUCACAGGUGUUUGCUGUUGCUGCCAAGAGACGACCAUGAUCCUGCUGACUCCCUCCUCUGGUGUGUUUCAGUGCAAGAACAAGCUGCUGCUGAGUGACCGCGCUGGGCUGCACUUUAAAGAGUUUGCCCGGAAGAAUGCAGCUAACGCCCUGUCUGUGGCCAACCUGGUCAUGGGCCUGGCCUCCAUCCUCAGCAGCCUCAACGGGCACCAUCACGCGGCCUGUUGGCUCGUUCUGAUUGGAUACAUGUUGGAUUUGGCUGAUGGAGCUGUUGCCCGGCAACUGGACGCCUGCUCGGCUCUGGGAGCAAAGCUGGAUGACUUUGCAGACUUCACAACCUUUGGCAUCGCCACAUCUCUGCUCCUCAGAACCCCCGAGCUCCUGGACAACCUCUUGUGCAUGUGCUACGUCCUGUCUGUGUUCGCCCGCCUCUGCUUCUACUCCAGUGGAAUCCCAUUCAUGUACCGGGGUCUUCCGUGUAUUUACUCGUCUGCCAUUGUGGCCAGUGCGUCUCUGCUCUCUGGAGGAAACAUGGCUCUGCUCCGUGUAAUCGCCGUGCCCAUGAUCCUGUUCAUGAUCAGCCAAACUUUCUACCCACACGACCGCGUCCUGGAAUCUCAGGCCUGGAAGAAGGCCGUCUAUGCAGGAGGAGUGGUGAUGGUGUUCUGUUCUUCUUUCUCUCCGGCCUGUGUGUACUACCUCCUCUGGUCCAUCUCCUACAUCCUGUUCCCUACCUCCCUCUGGAGCUCCAAAGUGUGAGCAGCAACAACUGUGAGGCACACCUACUCUGAGGAGCACUCCUACUGAAGAGAGCUGUUCAUGAACUGAUGCUCUGCUGCC